GACGACGACGACGACGAAGACGACGAUGCUGCGGAGAGUGACUACCUUUCAGACUCAGACGAACCCGAAGCGAUACGCCCUGGAACAGUUUCUCGAACUUUAGCAGGAACCAGACGAUCAAUAUCAUCACGAAAUCCCCGGACAUCUGUUGCUCGAUUGGACAAUAAAGAUGCGUCACAAUCACAUGGUGCAUUUUUCCAGACCCGAACGGAAACCACGCAGUGGAUGGUGGCGCAACAACGAUCACAGGAAGCAUCGUCUCGAGGCAUGAUUGUAGCCCGCGGAGGUACCUCAACCCGACAACAAACCAUUCAUCAGCAAUCUCCAACGGCCGAAACGAGAGCUGGACAAGAGAGAGGGGUAUCGAGGGGAAAUAGUCUGAGGUUGAAUAUGAGCUUGAGUGUUGAUGUCUCAUUCAAUGGGUUUGUGACGGGGCGAAACCUGUCUCUGGGUAGUGGCCAGUUGUCUUACUCCUGGCCUGGGAAUAACCGCACUGAAACAAGGUAGAGGGGUCGAUAGGAAUCACGAUUUGUUGAACAAGGCUCCAUGGUUGCGAGUAAUCAGGUCGAGGUAAAGAGUUUAUAAAGCAUGAAAGGUGUAAU